CUGUCCCCGAGGCACAGAGGUGGAUCUGAAGUUCGGUGACGGCGCCCGGGGUGCCCGGCGCCAGGCCCGGGAGACGGACCGCCAUGCCCGCGUCCCCCAGACUCUCCCGCCGCUCCCGGCCCCGCUCCGCCCAGAGUCCGAUGGCGGCGGCGGCGGGGGCGGCGUUGAGGGACCCGCCUCAGGUUGGUGUGACCUUUGAAGACAUUGCCGUGUACUUCUCCUGGGAGGAAUGGAGGCUCCUUGAUGAGGCUCAGAUACGCCUGUACCUUGAUGUGAUGCUGGAGAACUACACACUUAUAUCCUCACUGGGUUGCUGCUGUGGAGCAGAGGAUGCAGAGGCACCUUUUGAACAAAUCGCUUCUCUAGGAGUGUCACAGGCUAGGACUCCCAAGGCAGCUUUGUGUUCCCAGAAGACGCACCCCUGUGAGAUGUGUGGUCCAGUCUUGAGAAAUGUUUUCCACUUGGCUGAGGAUCAGGAAACACAACACAGCCAGAAACUGUUGAGGUGUGGGGCAUGCGUGAAACUAUUUUAUUUUAGUGCAAACUUUAAACAGCACCAGGAGCAGCACAUGGGAGAGAAAACUCUCAGAAGCAGUGUGGAUGAGGCCUUGUUUGUGAAGAGCUGCAGGUUCCAUGUGUCACAGAAGCCAUUUACCUGUAAGGAGUUUGAAAAGGACUUCCUGACCAUUGUGGGACAUCUGCAGCAACAGGCCACUUGUACUGUCGAGAAGCCAAACAAAAUCACCCAGUGCGGGUCAACUUCACAAGGCAGGAGAAGUCAUCACACCUGGGGAGAAUGCAAGAAAGCCCUCAGCCCCAAACACACACUUGUUCAGGACCAGGGGGUCCACACUGGAAGACCUUGUUUUGUGUGCAGUGACUGUGGGAAAACAUUCAGGUACAAAUCCUCAUUUGUUGUACACCAGAGAGUCCAUGCUGGAGAAAGGCUUCAUGUGUGUGGUGAAUCUGGAAAAUCCUUUAGGCAAAGCUCAACCCUCAGUCAACAUCAAAGCAUUCAUACUGGGGCAAGGCAGUACAAGUGCAGCAAGUGUGGGAAAUCCUUACUCUACAAAUCUGUCCUGAUUUCUCCCCACACAUGGCACAAUGGAGAAAACAGUUACGUGUGCAGUGAAUGUUCGAAAUCUUUUACCUCUAGCUCAGCCCUCACUUAUCAUCAGAGAUCUCACACAGGAGAAAGGCCUUAUGAGUGUAGUGACUGUGGGAAAUCUUUUAUCUCUAGGCCUGCUCUCAGAUACCAUCAGAGAUCUCACACAGGAGAAAGGCCUUAUGAGUGCAGUGAAUGUGGGAAGUCUUUUACCACUAGCUCUAACCUCCAUUAUCAUCAAAGAGUUCACACUGGAGAAAGGCCUUAUGAGUGCAGUGAAUGUGGGAAAUCUUUUAACAAUAGGUGGGUUCUCAUUCAACACCAGAGAGUUCACACAGGAGAAAGGCCUUAUGAAUGUAGUGAGUGUGGGAAAUUGUUUAAAUAUGGAUCCCAAUUGAAUCAACACCAGAAAGCUCACACUGGUGAAAAGCCUUUUAAGUGCACUGAAUGUGGGAAAUCUUUUAACAAUAGGUGGACACUCAUUCAACACUGGAGAGUUCACACAGGAGAAAGGCCUUUCGAGUGCAGUGAAUGUGGGAAAUCGUUUAAUCGGAGAAAUAACCUCAUUUUACACCAGAGAAUUCAUACAGGAGAAAGGCCUUAUGUGUGCAAUGAAUGUGGGAAAUCUUUUACCUUCAGCUCCAGCCUUCGUUACCAUCAGAGAGCUCACACUGGAGAAAGACCUUAUGAGUGCAGUGAAUGUGGGAAAUCUUUUAUCUCUAGGUCUGACCUCCAUUAUCAUCAGAGAGUUCAUUCUGGAGAAAGACCUUAUGAGUGUAGCGAAUGUGGGAAAUCCUUUAUCCAAAGAAAUAACCUCAUAAUACACCAGAGAAUUCACACAGGAGAAAGGCCUUAUGAGUGCAGUGAAUGUGGUAAAUCUUUUACCUGUAGUUCCACUCUCCAUUAUCAUCAGAGGGUUCACACUGGAGAAAGGCCUUAUGUGUGCAGUGCAUGCGGGAAAUCUUUUAUUACCACGUCCAAACUGCGUUGUCAUCAGAGAGGUCACAGUGGAGAAAGGCCGUAAGAGUUCAGUGAAUGUGGGAAACCUUUUACAGUAAGUCUUAUACAAACUAACAAGUUCCAUUCUGAGAGUGAGUUUGUAAGUCCAAUUUGUUCUUAAGUCCAACAGAGUUAGCCUAGGUACCCAACUAACACAAUAGGCUAUAUAGUACUGUACUGUAAUAGGUUUAUAAUACUUUUCACACAAAUAAUACAUAAAAAACAAAAAGUAAAACAUUUUUAAUCACACUUUACCUUGAAAAGUACAAUAGUACCAGCUACAUCACCAUUGCUUUUUUUUUUUUUUUUAAAUCAAAAAAGGAAACAAUUUAAAGAAAGAAACCCAGAAAUUGUCUGAAAAAACAUUGGGGCAAAUGAACUCCUGAAAAAGUUCUGCAUCUUGGUGAUCACAUUUAUUGGAAGGGUUGGAGAAAAUUAAACUGCCAUUUAGCCUAAGAAUUUGUGAGUUAUCUGCAAAUCAACUUAUUUCAGGAGUGGAAGAAUUCUUGGUUGUUUCUUAAUAUCAAAUUGUACACUAGUUUCUCUUUUGAAUAUCGUCUACAUUUAAAGAGGCAAUCAUACAAAAUCUCUUUUUCCACACAGGAUAAAUUCUUUGUUUCAGCCAACUCUCAAUGGCGGGGCAACUAGGACAACACCAUCUCCCCGGAAAAAGAGC